UUGCCCGUGUAGCCUACGUCAUGUUGUAGGCUACCCUUUGCCAAAGAAUCGUUUUCAGUCUUUAAAAUGACAUUACCAACGGUGAAUUGAGAUUUUUCUUUGAAGCCAGAUUGGGAGUAUUUAUUUUAUUUACACUCCCACAGUAUCUCUUCUCCGCUUGCAUUGCGCUGGAAAUACUUCUUAUAUACUCUACGCAUACAAAUUGCUUAAGGAAAGGUGUCAGGAAGAUGAUCCAGAGAAGUGAACAAAAACAUCCCUGCUUCUUCUCCUUUUUAUUGGUGAGCACCCUGCCUCUGCUCCAGGCAGAGUACUCCAGCUGUGGGGAGAAUGAGUUCUAUAACCAGACCAGGGGCAGCUGCCAGGCCUGUCCCCGGUGCCAGCCAGGCCAGGAGCCCUACAUGAACUGCGGCUAUGGCAGCAAAGACGAGGACUACGACUGCGUGCCCUGUCCAGCAGGGAAGUUCUCCAAGGGCAAGUACGAGAUCUGCAGGCGUCACAAAGACUGUGACGCUCUGUACCGUGCCACCGUGCUGACGACAGGAACGUCAGAGAGCGAUGCAGAAUGCGGGCCUUGUCUGCCAGGAUACUACAUCCUGGAGAACCGACCACGGAACAUCUAUGGGAUGGUGUGCCACUCCUGUCAGAAUGCCCCGAGGAACACCAAAGAGUGCAUGCGUGGCACAGCUGUGUCUUCAGACCGUGUACCCAGUGUCUCCUCCACCAGUGCCACCAUUGUUCCCCACCCACACAAAGAUCCAACCGGACAGGGGCACUUGGCGACGGCACUCAUCAUCGCCAUGUCAACAAUCUUCAUAAUGGCCAUCGCCAUCGUACUGAUCAUCAUGUUCUACAUUCUGAAGGCCAAGCCGAGUAGCCAGGCCUGCUGCACUGGCCAGGUGGUGAAGGCAGUCGAGGCACAGGCUAACAAGCAGGAAGACAAGAAAGAAGCCCAAGAUAAUGCAGCAAUCUUCCCAGAAAAAGAUGAGUUUGACAAGCUCAAACCAACUCCCCCAAAGACGGUAAAAAGUGAGAAUGACGCCUCCUCAGAGAAUGAGCAGCUCCUGAGCCGGAGUAUCGACAGUGACGAGGAGGCUGCUCUGGACAAACAGGGCACCGCUGACCUGUGCCUGCUGUCUCUGGUACACCUGACCAGGGACAAGACCUGCUCGUCCAUCAGCAACAACAACAACUGCAGCAAGUCCACUGGGAUUCAGAGUCGACGGAAGAAGAUUUUGGAUCUUUACACGAAAGCAUGCAGUGUUGCUGAGGGCCUGAGCCCCACAGAGCUGCCCUUCGACUGCCUGGAGAAGACCAGCCGCAUGCUGAGCGCCACCUACAGCACGGACAAGGCGGUGGUGAAGACGUGGCGCCACCUGGCGGAGGGCUUCGGCCUGAAGCGGGACGAGAUCGGCGGGAUGACGGACGGCAUGCAGCUGUUCGACCGCAUCAGCGCGGCGGGCUACAGCAUCCCCGACCUGCUGACCAGGCUGGUGCAGAUCGAGCGCCUGGACGCCGUGGAGUCGCUGUGCGCCGACAUCCUGGGUGGGGCCGAGGGGGCCCCGCACGUGGGCCCCGCCCUCUCCGCUCGCUGCGCCAGCGUCUGA